AUGGAGCGUUUACUGAAGCAGCGAUAUGAGAUCAAAUUUUGUGUAAAGCUUGGUAAAAUGGACAAAGAGACUCACGAUGUGAUUAAGGAGGCCUACGGUGAUGCUGCCAUGGGUAGAUCAGGUGUUUUUGAGUGGCACAAACUGUUCCGAGAAGGUAGGGAAAGAGUGGAAGACGACGACCGCUCCGGAUGCCCUUCAACCAUCAAGACCAACGAAAAUGUGUCGCGAGUGAAAAAUUUACUGAACCGUGAUCGCAGAAUGAGUAUCAGAAUGAUUGCUUAUGACUUGAGCAUUCCUCAAACCCAAGUUUUUGAGAUGGUGAAAGAAAACUUAGCCAUGAGGAAAGUAUGCACAAAGUUUUUGCCGUGA